CCAAGAACAGUUCUCCUCUUUAAUGAGCGCAGUGCUGGUGAGGGCCACGCCCUUGACACCAACAGUAACUGUGGAGAGACGGCCACCAGGAAGGGAUGUUGUCUUCUUGUUGGAUGGAUCUGAUGGUACUAGAACUGGAUUCCCAGCUAUGCGAGACUUUGUCCAAAGACAAGUCGAGAAACUCAGUGUGGAUGACACCAAAGACCGUGUCUCAGUGGUUCAGUACAGCAGAGAUCCAGCUGUCCAGUUCUAUCUGAACACGUACAAAACAAAAGGCGAGAUCCUCGACACUGUCAGAGCUUUAAGGCACAAAGGCGGAAGACCCCUCAACACUGGAGCAGCUCUCCAGUACUUGAGGGAUAAUGUCUUCACAGCCUCUGCUGGAAGCAGGCGCCUGGAAGGAGUUCCACAGGUCCUGAUAUUGCUAAGUGGUGGAAAGUCUUCUGACAGUGUUGAUGCACCAGCCUCUGCUCUCAAACAGCUGGGUGUCUUGGCCUUUGCAAUUGGAACCAGGAGCUCUGAUAGCAAAGAACUGCAGACGAUAUCCCACGAUGCCAGUUCUGCUCUAUCGGUGUCUGAAUUCACUGAACUUCCCAGUAUCCAACAGCAACUUCAGUCCUCAGUGGACUCUGUGGUCAUUGACGUCACCCCAGAAUUACCAACUGUACUUGUUGACACUGCCAAAAAAGAUAUCGUAUUCCUUCUGGAUGGUUCUGAUAGCACAAGGUAUGGCUUCCCUGCCAUGCGUGAUUUUGUUGAGAGAGUGGUGGAGAAACUCAAUGUGGGAGAAAACAAAGACCGUGUCUCUGUAGUCCAGUACGGCAGAGAUGCAGAAGUCCAUUUCUAUCUGAACACAUACACCACAAGAGAGGAUAUUGUGGAUUCGGUCAGAGGGCUGAGACACAGAGGAGGCAGGCCUCUCAACACUGGUGCCGCACUACAAUACGUCAGGGACAAUGUCUUUACAAACUCCUCCGGGAGUAGGCGCCUGCAAGGUGUUCCACAGAUGUUGAUCCUGCUAAAUGGUGGAAGGUCUUUUGACAAUGUAGAUACCCCAGCCUCUGCUCUCAAACAGCAGGGCAUCUUUGUGAUUGGCAUUGGAACAAGGAGCUCUGACAGUGCAGAGCUGCAGAAGAUAUCAUAUGACCCUAGUUAUGCUCUAUCAGUGUCUGAGUUCACUGACCUCCCCAGUGUCCAAGAACAGUUCUCCUCUUUAAUGAGCGCAGUGCUGGUGAGGGCCACGCCCUUGACACCAACAGUAACUGUGGAGAGACGGCCACCAGGAAGGGAUGUUGUCUUCUUGUUGGAUGGAUCUGAUGGUACUAGAACUGGAUUCCCAGCUAUGCGAGACUUUGUCCAAAGACAAGUCGAGAAACUCAGUGUGGAUGACACCAAAGACCGUGUCUCAGUGGUUCAGUACAGCAGAGAUCCAGCUGUCCAGUUCUAUCUGAACACGUACAAAACAAAAGGCGAGAUCCUCGACACUGUCAGAGCUUUAAGGCACAAAGGCGGAAGACCCCUCAACACUGGAGCAGCUCUCCAGUACUUGAGGGAUAAUGUCUUCACAGCCUCUGCUGGAAGCAGGCGCCUGGAAGGAGUUCCACAGGUCCUGAUAUUGCUAAGUGGUGGAAAGUCUUCUGACAGUGUUGAUGCACCAGCCUCUGCUCUCAAACAGCUGGGUGUCUUGGCCUUUGCAAUUGGAACCAGGAGCUCUGAUAGCAAAGAACUGCAGACGAUAUCCCACGAUGCCAGUUCUGCUCUAUCGGUGUCUGAAUUCACUGAACUUCCCAGUAUCCAACAGCAACUUCAGUCCUCAGUGGACUCUGUGGUCAUUGACGUCACCCCAGAAUUACCAACUGUACUUGGUAUGUUAACGUGCACGGCCUCUUGCUUUGACACUGCCAAAAAGAUAUCGUAUUCCUUCUGGAUGGUUCUGAUAGCACAAGUCCAGUACGGCAGAGAUGCAGAAGUCCAUUUCUAUCUGAACACAUACACCACAAGAGAGGAUAUUGUGGAUUCGGUCAGAGGGCUGAGACACAGAGGAGGCAGGCCUCUCAACACUGGUGCCGCACUACAAUACGUCAGGGACAAUGUCUUUACAAACUCCUCCGGGAGUAGGCGCCUGCAAGGUGUUCCACAGAUGUUGAUCCUGCUAAAUGGUGGAAGGUCUUUUGACAAUGUAGAUACCCCAGCCUCUGCUCUCAAACAGCAGGGCAUCUUUGUGAUUGGCAUUGGAACAAGGAGCUCUGACAGUGCAGAGCUGCAGAAGAUAUCAUAUGACCCUAGUUAUGCUCUAUCAGUGUCUGAGUUCACUGACCUCCCCAGUGUCCAAGAACAGUUCUCCUCUUUAAUGAGCGCAGUGCUGGUGAGGGCCACGCCCUUGACACCAACAGUAACUGGCGAGAUCCUCGACACUGUCAGAGCUUUAAGGCACAAAGGCGGAAGACCCCUCAACACUGGAGCAGCUCUCCAGUACUUGAGGGAUAAUGUCUUCACAGCCUCUGCUGGAAGCAGGCGCCUGGAAGGAGUUCCACAGGUCCUGAUAUUGCUAAGUGGUGGAAAGUCUUCUGACAGUGUUGAUGCACCAGCCUCUGCUCUCAAACAGCUGGGUGUCUUGGCCUUUGCAAUUGGAACCAGGAGCUCUGAUAGCAAAGAACUGCAGACGAUAUCCCACGAUGCCAGUUCUGCUCUAUCGGUGUCUGAAUUCACUGAACUUCCCAGUAUCCAACAGCAACUUCAGUCCUCAGUGGACUCUGUGGUCAUUGACGUCACCCCAGAAUUACCAACUGUACUUGUUGACACUGCCAAAAAAGAUAUCGUAUUCCUUCUGGAUGGUUCUGAUAGCACAAGGUAUGGCUUCCCUGCCAUGCGUGAUUUUGUUGAGAGAGUGGUGGAGAAACUCAAUGUGGGAGAAAACAAAGACCGUGUCUCUGUAGUCCAGUACGGCAGAGAUGCAGAAGUCCAUUUCUAUCUGAACACAUACACCACAAGAGAGGAUAUUGUGGAUUCGGUCAGAGGGCUGAGACACAGAGGAGGCAGGCCUCUCAACACUGGUGCCGCACUACAAUACGUCAGGGACAAUGUCUUUACAAACUCCUCCGGGAGUAGGCGCCUGCAAGGUGUUCCACAGAUGUUGAUCCUGCUAAAUGGUGGAAGGUCUUUUGACAAUGUAGAUACCCCAGCCUCUGCUCUCAAACAGCAGGGCAUCUUUGUGAUUGGCAUUGGAACAAGGAGCUCUGACAGUGCAGAGCUGCAGAAGAUAUCAUAUGACCCUAGUUAUGCUCUAUCAGUGUCUGAGUUCACUGACCUCCCCAGUGUCCAAGAACAGUUCUCCUCUUUAAUGAGCGCAGUGCUGGUGAGGGCCACGCCCUUGACACCAACAGUAACUGUGGAGAGACGGCCACCAGGAAGGGAUGUUGUCUUCUUGUUGGAUGGAUCUGAUGGUACUAGAACUGGAUUCCCAGCUAUGCGAGACUUUGUCCAAAGACAAGUCGAGAAACUCAGUGUGGAUGACACCAAAGACCGUGUCUCAGUGGUUCAGUACAGCAGAGAUCCAGCUGUCCAGUUCUAUCUGAACACGCAUAAAACAAAAAGGCGAGAUCCUCGACACUGUCAGAGCUUUAAGGCACAAAGGCGGAAGACCCCUCAACACUGGAGCAGCUCUCCACUGGGUGUCUUGGCCUUUGCAAUUGGAACCAGGAGCUCUGAUAGCAAAGAACUGCAGACGAUAUCCCACGAUGCCAGUUCUGCUCUAUCGGUGUCUGAAUUCACUGAACUUCCCAGUAUCCAACAGCAACUUCAGUCCUCAGUGGACUCUGUGGUCAUUGACGUCACCCCAGAAUUACCAACUGUACUUGUUGACACUGCCAAAAAAGAUAUCGUAUUCCUUCUGGAUGGUUCUGAUAGCACAAGGUAUGGCUUCCCUGCCAUGCGUGAUUUUGUUGAGAGAGUGGUGGAGAAACUCAAUGUGGGAGAAAACAAAGACCGUGUCUCUGUAGUCCAGUACGGCAGAGAUGCAGAAGUCCAUUUCUAUCUGAACACAUACACCACAAGAGAGGAUAUUGUGGAUUCGGUCAGAGGGCUGAGACACAGAGGAGGCAGGCCUCUCAACACUGGUGCCGCACUACAAUACGUCAGGGACAAUGUCUUUACAAACUCCUCCGGGAGUAGGCGCCUGCAAGGUGUUCCACAGAUGUUGAUCCUGCUAAAUGGUGGAAGUGUCCAAGAACAGUUCUCCUCUUUAAUGAGCGCAGUGCUGGUGAGGGCCACGCCCUUGACACCAACAGUAACUGUGGAGAGACGGCCACCAGGAAGGGAUGUUGUCUUCUUGUUGGAUGGAUCUGAUGGUACUAGAACUGGAUUCCCAGCUAUGCGAGACUUUGUCCAAAGACAAGUCGAGAAACUCAGUGUGGAUGACACCAAAGACCGUGUCUCAGUGGUUCAGUACAGCAGAGAUCCAGCUGUCCAGUUCUAUCUGAACACGUACAAAACAAAAGGCGAGAUCCUCGACACUGUCAGAGCUUUAAGGCACAAAGGCGGAAGACCCCUCAACACUGGAGCAGCUCUCCAGUACUUGAGGGAUAAUGUCUUCACAGCCUCUGCUGGAAGCAGGCGCCUGGAAGGAGUUCCACAGGUCCUGAUAUUGCUAAGUGGUGGAAAGUCUUCUGACAGUGUUGAUGCACCAGCCUCUGCUCUCAAACAGCUGGGUGUCUUGGCCUUUGCAAUUGGAACCAGGAGCUCUGAUAGCAAAGAACUGCAGACGAUAUCCCAUGAUGCCAGUUCUGCUCUAUCGGUGUCUGAAUUCACUGAACUUCCCAGUUUCCAACAGCAACUUCAGUCCUCAGUGGACUCUGUGGUCAUUGACGUCACCCCAGAAUUACCAACUGUACUUGUUGACACUGCCAAAAAAGAUAUCGUAUUCCUUCUGGAUGGUUCUGAUAGCACAAGGUAUGGCUUCCCUGCCAUGCGUGAUUUUGUUGAGAGAGUGGUGGAGAAACUCAAUGUGGGAGAAAACAAAGACCGUGUCUCUGUAGUCCAGUACGGCAGAGAUGCAGAAGUCCAUUUCUAUCUGAACACAUACACCACAAGAGAGGAUAUUGUGGAUUCGGUCAGAGGGCUGAGACACAGAGGAGGCAGGCCUCUCAACACUGGUGCCGCACUCCAAUACGUCAGGGACAAUGUCUUUACAAACUCCUCCGGGAGUAGGCGCCUGCAAGGUGUUCCACAGAUGUUGAUCCUGCUAAAUGGUGGAAGGUCUUUUGACAAUGUAGAUACCCCAGCCUCUGCUCUCAAACAGCAGGGCAUCUUUGUGAUUGGCAUUGGAACAAGGAGCUCUGACAGUGCAGAGCUGCAGAAGAUAUCAUAUGACCCUAGUUAUGCUCUAUCAGUGUCUGAGUUCACUGACCUCAGUGUCCAAGAACAGUUCUCCUCUUUAAUGAGCGCAGUGCUGGUGAGGGCCACGCCCUUGACACCAACAGUAACUGUGGAGAGACGGCCACCAGGAAGGGAUGUUGUCUUCUUGUUGGAUGGAUCUGAUGGUACUAGAACUGGAUUCCCAGCUAUGCGAGACUUUGUCCAAAGACAAGUUGAGAAACUCAGUGUGGAUGACACCAAAGACCGUGUCUCAGUGGUUCAGUACAGCAGAGAUCCAGCUGUCCAGUUCUAUCUGAACACGUACAAAACAAAAGGCGAGAUCCUCGACACUGUCAGAGCUUUAAGGCACAAAGGCGGAAGACCCCUCAACACUGGAGCAGCUCUCCAGUACUUGAGGGAUAAUGUCUUCACAGCCUCUGCUGGAAGCAGGCGCCUGGAAGGAGUUCCACAGGUCCUGAUAUUGCUAAGUGGUGGAAAGUCUUUUGACAGUGUAGAUAGCCCAGCCUCUGCUCUCAAACAGCAGGGCAUCUUUGUGAUUGGCAUUGGAACAAGGAGCUUUGACAGUGGAGAGCUGCAGAAGAUAUCAUAUGACCGUAGUUAUGCUCUAUCAGUGUCUGAGUUCACUGACCUCCCCAGUGUCCAAGAACAGUUCUCCUCUUUAAUAAGCACAGUGCUGGUGAGGGCCACGCCCAUGAUACCAACAGUAACUGCCGAGACGCAGGGACCCCGAAAGGAUGUUGUUUUCCUUGUUGAUGGAUCUACUGGUGUUGGACGGGAAUUUCCUAUCAUCCAGGAGUUUAUCCGCAGGGUCGUGGAGAGUCUCAAUGUGGGAGAAAACAAGAUCCGGAUUGGUGUGGUCCAGUAUGGUGACUCUGCUCAGGCUGACAUGUUCCUAAAUACACACACAACCAAAGAAGGUGUUUUGAAUGCCGUUAAGGGACUCAGGCAGCGAGGAGGAAGACAACGUAACCUGGGACAGGCCUUGCAGUUUGUCAGUCAGGAUGUUCUGACAGCAGCACGUGGUGGCAGGAAGCAAGAGGGUGUACCGCAGUUUGUAAUUGUCGUCUCCAGUGGGUCUUCAACAGAUGACAUCAGUAGUGCAGCAUAUUCCCUUAAACAAUCUAGAGUUCUUCCCUUCAGCAUUGGGACCAGGGAUGUUAACCCUACAGAGCUCCAAGUGGUGUCAUACGUGCCUAACUUUGCCUUCACUGUAGAUGACCUCCCUGGCCUGUACACAGUCCAAGAAAACUUAAUUAACACUCUAACUGAGCUGUCAGAUGAUCACAUCACCAGCAUGCUUCCAGAAUUUCCAAACAUUGAUGUAAUCACACCAGCAACCACGGGAGGAGAAAAGAGGGAUGUCGUGUUUUUAGUUGAUGGCACAACAGCGGGUCGUAAUGGGUUUCUUUCCAUCCGUGAAAUGAUAAGAAGAGUUGUGGAUAAGCUGGAUGUAGGAUUGGAUAAGGUCCGAAUUUCAGUGGUACAGUACAGCGAUGACCCAAAGUUAGAAUUUCUUCUGAAUGAAUUCUCCACCAAAGAUGAGAUACACCAGGCUGUGACGAAACUUCAAAGCAAAGGUGGGAACCGUCUAAACACAGGUCGUGCUCUCGAGUGGGUCUACAGAAAUGUCUACCAGAGGUCAGCAGGAAGCCGCAUUGAGGAUGGUGUACCUCAGUUCCUCAUUCUAGUUACAGGUGGCAAGUCUGCAGAUGAUGUAUCCACUGCAGCUGACCAACUUAAGAGAAACCAGGUUGCACCUCUUGCCAUUGGAUCAAGGAAUGCAGACCCUGAUGAACUGAGACAGAUUUCCCUGACGCCCGAACUUGUAUAUACAGUUGACAGUUUCCAGCAGCUUCCAAGAGUGGAGUCACAGCUCAUUAAUUCAGUCAAAACAAUAUCCACCAAGGAUAUCAUCAAUAUUAAUGUUCCGCCACCAGUGGAUAUAGACAACCUAAAUCUUGGAAGAAAGGACAUUAUCUUCCUUAUUGAUGGCUCAGACAGUACAGGUCCUGAUGGCAUUGCUCGUAUCCGUGACUUCAUCCUCAGCAUUGUCCGACAACUCGAUGUGCAGCCUGAUCAAGUGCGUGUGGCUGUUGUCCAGUAUGCCGACAGAGUUAAAACAGAGUUCUCACUCAACUCUCACAAUAACAAGCCAGCUGUUGUCUCUGCUAUCCAAAGACUUCGUCAGAUGGGUGGCCGGGCAUCAAAUCUGGCGGAUGCCAUUGACUAUGUUAUAAGGAAUGAGUUUAAACCUGCUGCUGGUGUUCGUCAAGCUGAGGCCUCCCAGCAUCUUGUGGUUCUCACAGGUGGACGAUCCCCCCAAGAUGUUUCUAUCUAUGGACCUCUGCUUAAGGGCACCCGGGUCAACUGCAUUGGUGUUGGAGCUGCUGGUGCUGACAAAAGGCAGCUAACCCAAAUUGCCACCACCUCAGCUGAUGUCCUCCAAGUUCCUGAUUUCACUGGCCUGCCAGCAGUCCAGCAGGUGGUUAUUGAGAGGUUGAGUGGGACCAUCAUCGAGCAACCACCCACAGACACUAUGGAUCCUAACCUUCCAGCCCCCAAAAAGGCUGAUAUAGUGUUUUUGGUGGAUGGCUCCAUUAACUUGGGCAGAGACAACUUCAAUGACGUGAUGAUGUUUAUCACCAACUUAAUUGAUCUGUUCUUCAACGAGAGAGACAACCUGCGGAUUGGCCUGGCGCAUUAUACAGCAGAUGUGACUGACGUCUUCUACCUCAACACCUACAAGAACAAGCAAGACAUUGUAAGUGCCAUUGGCCGAACAGAGUACAAAGGUGGACGUAGAAUCAACACUGGUGCAGCCAUUCGCCACGUUCAAGAUGUCCACUUUACCAAAGAAAAAGGCAGUAGGAUGGAUGAGGGAACUCCUCAGAUUCUUAUGCUUCUCACUGGAGGACGCUCAGCUGAUGAUGGGAAAACAGCAGCCCUUGGUCUGAAGAAAAAAGGUGUGAGAGUCUUUGCUGUAGGCGUGGGCGACAUUGAGACAGAGUUAGAAAACCUGGCAAGUGAGUCCUCAACUGUGGCUAGAGCAAGCACCUUUCUAGGACUUUCAGAGCUCAAUGAGCAAAUUCUGGAGACUUUGGAUGAUGAAGUGAAAGGGAAGCUGUGUGCUACUGUUAAAGAAACUCCUAAAACCUGCAGCAUAGAGGUGUUGGUGGGCUUUGAUGUUGCUGCCCAGAAUAUCUUCAGUGCUCAGACCAACCUCCAGAAAAAUAUGGAGGCCAUUCUGAAGAGGAUUCCUAAAUUGGCAGCCAUCAGUUGCUCAUCUGGGCAGAUUCCAUCUGUGCAAAUGGGCAUGCUGGCCAUGGACUCUGCCUCUGAGCCUGUCCAGCUGGACUUCACAGACAAUGCUGCGGAGCUCAUUGGGGACUUCAAAGCCCUAGGGAGUCGUGGCCCCUUUGUCCUCAAUGGCAAGACCAUCUCAGCUUACACCAAUAGGUUCAAAACCAGACAGGACGACGUUGUCAAGAUUGUCGUUCAUCUGACUGAUGGUAUUGACGCCCCAUAUGCUGAAAUGAAAAGGCAAGUUGAGGAGCUUCGACUGUCAGGAGUGAACAGUUUCAUCCUGGUCGGGCUGGAGCGGGUGUCACAAUUUGACGAGGCUUUGCUGCUGGAAUUUGGUCGCGGAUUCAGGUACACAAGACCCUUACGACUCAAUAUCAUGGACUUGGACUAUGAGCUUAUGGAAGAACUGGACAAUAUUGCAGAGAGGGUUUGUUGCGCAGUGCCAUGCAAAUGUAGUGGAACCAGAGGAGACAGAGGAGCAGUUGGACUUUCAGGGCCUAAGGGUAGCCCGGGAGGGCCAGGAAGCCAAGGACAUCCUGGAGAUGAGGGUGGACCUGGAGAGAGAGGUCCUCCCGGUGUUAAUGGAACUCAGGGUUUCCAGGGAUGUCCUGGACAUAGAGGUGUUAAGGGUUCUCGUGGCUACUCAGGAGAAAAGGGUGAAUCUGGAGAAAUUGGGCUUGAUGGCAUUAAUGGCGAAGAGGGCAAAGGUGGAGUGGCUGGACCCCCAGGAGACAGAGGAAACCCUGGCAGAAGAGGUCCCAAAGGUAGCAAAGGACAAGCUGGAGACAGAGGAGAAAUUGGAAUCAGAGGAGACCCUGGUACAAGUGGACGAGAUAACAACAUCCCAGGACCUAAAGGAGACCCUGGUGAUGCCGGACCACCGGGAGCGCCUGGUGAAGAUGGAAAAAAGGGGGGCCCUGGUGAAGUCGGAAGAAAGGGAGCUAUUGGCAGAAGAGGCACGCCUGGACAGGCUGGAAUUCCCGGAAAGCCAGGAGAGGAAGGUGUUAAGGGAGAGCCUGGUAUUGGAGGAUCUAGAGGUCCAUCCGGGCCAAUUGGUGUACCAGGACCAAGAGGAGAAGAUGGAAACCCAGGGCCCAGGGGUCCCGGAGGGAGCUCAGGUACCGCUGGAGAAAAGGGUAGAAGAGGAACUCUCGGACGCAAGGGAGAGCCAGGAGAUCCAGGACCUAAGGGUGCUAUUGGACCUCUUGGUCCCCGUGGAGAGCCUGGUGAGGAUGGUAGAGAUGGGUUUGGCGUUGAAGGUCCUAAAGGAAGAAAGGGUGAUGAGGGCUUCCCAGGAUUCCCAGGACCAAAGGGAGCGGCUGGUGACCCUGGCACCAAGGGUGGACCUGGACGCAGAGGAAAUCAUGGACAGAGGGGUGUCUCUGGAAAUAUUGGUACACCUGGACAGAAGGGAGAGGUUGGAUAUCCUGGGCCUGAUGGUGAGAAAGGACCAAGAGGACCUGGUGUUGUGCAAUGUGACCUGGUUAAGAAGAUCAGAGAAAAUUGUCCUUGCUGUUAUGGUCAGCAGGAAUGCCCGCUCUACCCCACUGAGCUGGCCUUUGCCCUGGAUACCUCUCAAGAUGUUGACAGCCCAGCCUUCAACAAUAUGCGUGACACAGUCCUGCGCCUAGUCAGAGACAUCACCAUCUCAGAGAGUAACUGUCCAAGAGGAGCUCGUGUUGCUAUAGCCCUUUACAAUGAAGAAGUGACCACUGAGGUCCGGUUUGCUGAAGCAAAGAAGAAACGUGCCCUGGUGCAGCACAUCGAGGGACUGCAGACCCUGCAAAACCGCAAGCCGCGCAGCUUGGACACGUCCAUGAGCUUUGUGGCCCAAAACAUCUUUAAGCGAGUGCGCAGUGGCUUCCUAAUGAGGAAGGUGGCCAUCUUCUUUGUUGGUGGGGCAGUCAGUAAGCCACAACUAAUUACUACUGCUGCUCUUCGCCUCCAUAAUGCUGGAAUUGCCUCUCUGUUCUUGGUUAAGCGUGAGGACAGAAUACUCAGACAAGCACUGCAGGUCAACAACACAGCACUGGGCCAGGUAAUUGUCCUCCCAAAUCCUGGAAGUGCACAGUACAAUUCAGUCAUCCAAAAGGUGAUGAACUGCCAUGUCUGCCUAGAUGUCUGCUCUCCGGACCAAAUAUGUGACUAUGUGCCCCCAUUGGCCAGCCGAGAUAGGAGGUCUUCUACCACAGACGUGGACAUCGACAUGGUUUUCGUCAUGGACAGCUCUGAGUCGACAUACCCAACCGUCUUUACCGAGAUUAAGCGCUACAUAGCGCACAUAGUGGAGCAGCUACAAGUCUCUUCAAAUCCAACAUCAUCCAUUCACCACGCCAGAGUGGCUGUGAUCCAGCAAGCACCUUACGAGUUCAUCCACAACAAAACUGGCUCUCCCAUUCAUGUGGAUAUCGGUUUGACGGAGCACCACUCAGCUCAGGAUAUUGUCAAAUUUCUGCUGGAGAAGACACCACAGUUAGAGGGUGGCCGCGCACUGGCAGCGGCUAUCGAAUCGACAGUGGAGCAAGUGUUUGAGAAGGCACCUGCCCAGCGUGACAGAAAAGUACUGAUGCUCUUUGUAACAGGAAGUGUCGAAGAAGAAGAGGAGCAGCUGGUGCGUAUCGCCACUGAGGUCAAGUGCAGAGGCUACUUCCUGGUCAUCAUGGGUGUGGGUAAAAGGUUGAGUGCUGGAGAUGCUCGUGUCUUUUCAAGCAUGGCCAGCGAGCCAUCAGAUGUCUUCUUCAAGCGGCUGGACAGCAUCUCACACUUUUACGAAAAACACAUACAGACCUUCGGCCAGCUGCUGCCGAAGUACAUCAGCAUUGAAAAUGCUUUCUACAUGUCCCCUGAAGUAUCCAAAAACUGCAAGUGGUUCCAGAGUGACCAGCCACUUAAAAACCCCUUUACAUCAUCACACCAACAGGAGAAACAUCAGAAACAUCAUGAAGACCACCAAGAAGUUCAUCAAAGCAAGCACAAAGAUGCAGAUGAGCUGCACAUCUCUAAUGUCACCUCCACCAGCUUGAAAUUGCGUUGGACCAACCCAGACUCCAAGCUCUUUGUCUACUUUGAGGUAGUGGUGACACGGUUGCACGACCAUGCUCUGGUGCUGAAGACCAACGUGUCAGGCACAGAGCUUUCUGUGGACAACUUAGAGAGUGCUCAAACAUAUCAUGCUGUGGUCACCGCUCACACUGCAGAGGGUGAAAUUGUCUCCACUCGCAAAGGCAUCAUGACUACCAAAGCGGCAGAGCCUAAGCAAGAGCAUAAACCAGUCAGGCAAGCCUCCAGUUUUGUAAAUACUGAACCACUGGACAAACCAGAAACUGUUAUUGAAUUUGCAGACCCAUGCUCACUUGACUAUGACCCUGGAAUGCCGUGCAAAGACUAUCAGGCUAAGUGGUUCUUUGACAGACAGAACGGGAUCUGUACACAGUUCUGGUAUGGAGGUUGUGAAGGCAAUGAAAAUAGGUUCGACACUGAGGCCCUCUGCCUGAAAAACUGCAUGAGGUCAGUGCCAGAGCCUCAGCCAAAAGUGCAGCAGGUUGAACAAGUGGAGAUCCUUCCGGCUCCUGCGGCCUCUACAGCAGUGGACAUUUGCCAGCUUCCCAAAGAGGAAGGUACUUGUGCCAAAUUUGUACUUAAGUGGCACUACGAUGCCUCCAGCAAGAGCUGCACACGCUUCUGGUAUGGAGGCUGCGGUGGAAACCAGAAUCGCUUUGACACACACCAGCAGUGUGUGACGGCUUGUGGAAAACCAGCACCCCUCAACCAAGGAGUCAUCGCUACAAUAAGAACAUAGGACAAAAGAUGGCCAGCUUUCCUCUCCGUUUAGGGGAUUCUGAGAAGAAACAUCCAAAAUGGCCAUACUGUAAGGAUGCAAUGCCAAAGCAAUGGUGGGUGCACUGGAUUCCACAAAAAAAAUGGACUUUAUCCCCCAAAUUCUUGAAGAAGUCUUUUUUACAACAAGAAGGAAGGCAACACGAUUUGCUGCAUGAUUUGUUUUAACCUACUGGUGCUACAUAGUAUGUUUGUUUUACCAAAGGAGUUUUUAAGUGGAUUCAGUUUUGUAAAGUCAUGUUUUCUGGAACAAUGUCAUCAUAUUUCUCUAAAUGCAGUUUUAUAAGCAAAAAAAACAUGUAUAUCUUGGACAGAGAUUAUCAAUGAAUCAAUACUUGCAAAACUGGCAUUAUUAAAUGCAGUCCUUUUUAUAUAUUGCGUUUUAUACAUUCCACAUUCACAUAGUCAUUGGCUUGUAUUGAUUACUAUUUUAAAACUCACUUGAUCCGUGUGAAAUCAUUACUUCACUAUUUUACAGUCACAGAAUCCACAGCAAUGUUUACACAAGUCUCGUAUGGUAGUGUUUGUAUUUAAAUGACAGUGACCAAACAUGGAAUGUUAAGUGCACUUCUGGAUCCACUGCCUCAAACACACAAGUUACAGCUAUUGAAAUGGAAUUUACUUGUAAAGCUGUUUUUAUUUUUGUUUCAUUUGGUUUUAACUGAAAUUUGUGUUCCAUCUGGGUAUAGUGGAAAUAAACACAAACUAGACUUUCUAAUAAACAUGAGCAACUCA